AUGUCAACUACGUCACCCCCACCACGAACUCGAUUCCUAUCAACUCCGAUUGAGGAGACGGUGAAGAAAGUACGAAAGUUCGCAAUUGAACCUGUCGAGACUAUGACAAGAAGUAAUAAGAAGGAAAAUGUCGAGGAAGUCGAAGAUACCACCACAAGAAAGGAGUUUGCCGCUGCCCCGCCUAAAAGACGUUUCCUGCCUCAACCCGUCGAAACCACACAAAAGUCAAGCAAAGUCAAGCCACCCAAUCCUCUGCAGACCCCAGAGCUUACUCCGGAAGUCAAAUCUCGAGCUCCAGCUACCGCAGAUCCGCCGACCCCUAGAAAGAAGUUCACCCCCCAAUUAAUAGAAACAUCAAAGAGGUUCAAGAGAUCAAACACUCCCGGUCCUGCUAGUCUACCCACUGAUAAGACUGAUAUCACGCCGGGUACAAAUCACAUUUACGUAGACCGGAAACGAAAAUAUAUACGUCCUACACCAGUCCCCAUCGCAUCCGAGAAUACUUCCGCUACAUCCUCCGCACCUAUACACUCCCAAAUACCACCUUUACCCCCGCGUCGACAGGCUUCAAUGCGUCCUCACCUGAAUACUAGACAAAGCACACGAUCGAAUACAUUUCAACCACAACUGGACUCUAUAGAAUCAGAAGACAAGUCAGAGGAAGAUUCAGACGAGAAUUUGGACGAAGAGAACGAUGACGGAGAGUCUACGCCAUCCUUAUCCGGUUCAUUGGGGUCUUCUGAAGAUUCUAUUCAGAAGAUGCAAAUGGCCCGAACACGAGAGAGCUGUGAUGACCGAUUCUCGGGCUAUCUACUGUCACUCGCUGCCAAAGCUGCCGAGAAACAACUUAUGGAACAAGCGUUAUCUGCAUUUCCCAACGAGUCGGCAUACCAAAUGGUGGAACAUUUUUACGAUAGGGAGACAGAUAUAGCUUCGGAGGAAGACUCCGUAGAAGGUGUGGGCAUGCUAAUGGACGAUGCUCAUAUGCAGGAGCUCCAAAGAAAAUCUACUGUGGUUGGCUGGGCAGCGAAAGAAAUGCGGCAACAUCAGGAGAAUCUGAAUCGGUUGAGAGAAGAGGAGACCAAUAAGAGAGUAGCUGAGGAAGCCACAGCCCCAACAUUUCACGAUCCAUUUUGGACAAAUGGAAUGACGGAUAAAACCCGGCCAAGUGGUACCCCUCAGGACAAACAAAAGGAAGCUGAACUGGUUCGAAUGCGCAACGCAGCGUCUCCCCCAAUGCUUGGUGGUGAUUUGGUAUUUCGCAUGUGUCCGUCGCCAAAAGCGACAAAAUUCGAAUCGGAUCAACGACAUGACAUACAGCCGCAUCAUGUCGAUGGUGGUGGUGGAUUAUGGGGUGGCUACUGUGUUGCCGAGGCAAUUGAGCAAUAUCUCAGCCCAGAUGUUGUCAAAAGACCGCAGAUGAUUGCAACCCCACAUGCCGAAAUGGACGACCCGUUUUCUUCCGCAUUUGCAAGCGCAGUGCCGGAUGCUCCUCUCAGAUCGCAUGAAAGAAGCAAGGGUGGUCUUCAGAUGCUAAGUGGACUCGACGGCAGAUUGAAAACCGAGGUUGCGAGGUCCAAAGCUGAAGAUAUGUUGUUGGAAGAAUUCGAUGAUACCUUUGUCACACAAGUUUACAAUUACCUCUCGCUCGGAUAUCCAUCUUUGGCUCGGCAAUACGACCAAGAACUUGCAAAGAUCUCUCAAAUUCCUGAAGAUGAGCUGCGGGUGGAUGACAAAAAGAAGGAUAUCAUGGGACAUAUCGGAUUAGUGGCCAUUGAUGGUCAUGUAGAAGAGAAGACCGGGAAACCUACCAAAGGCGAGAGAAGUGGAGGGGGUUAUGGUACCCGAUGGAAAGCUUUACGAAUAUAUAUUUUAGAAUGGGCUCGUCAACAUCCAUCCAUGUCAAAUGGUGCCUCAUCACCGAGCGGGUGGGGAGUGAGAGCCAGGAGAGGAAGUUGGGCCAUAUGA